AAAAAUGGAAAAAUUAAGGAAUGGAAAGGCAUUUAAAGAUGAAAAUUUGGGUUUGUGGCAAUUACCGUUAGAGUGGGCGUGGUUAAGACCUAAAGAAUUUUUAAAAAGAGAAGAAUUGGGAUAUACUAAAUUUAAUCCGAUUAUACGGACAUUUGUUGGUAAUAAAUGUGAAAAUUUGGAAAUUAAAAUUGUUGGGGCUAAGGUAAAGCCAACAAAAUUACCGGAAUUAUCGCUUAAAGAGGACUUUGAAAUACUUUGGACAAAACCAGAUAUAGCCCCCCGAACAUAUUACGGAAGGGCAAUUUUAUCAAAUUUUACUUUUAAUGGCUAUAAUUUUUUGGCGGCCCUUAUUGGAUUUAUUGACCGUCCAAAUUUAAAUAUUUCUGCUGGAUGUUUGGAGUUUUUUAAAGAUCGUUUAAGAAAUCAGUAUAUUUACUGUGAUGGAAUGAAAGAUUUAAUUAAUGAAUUAAUUUUAAACCAAACAAAACCCCGUUUUAUUGGAAUACCCGAAAGGAGUUUAAUAAAUAAAAAUUCUGUUGGAAUGUUUUUUGCUUCUUGUGAGGGGGCUAUAUUUGGAUUACCUUUACUAGAUCCGAGUAAAUAUGGAAAUGAAAAGGAAAAGGUUACUAAAUGGGAAAUUAAUUAUGAUUGGAGUAAAUUAAAAAUUAAUUUUGAAAAUUGGAAUUGGAAAGAAGGAUGGCCACAAAAACAACAAAAUAAAACUGAAAAAAAUUAA